CCUCAAAAGAUUUAUUGUUUUUCUUCCUCCCCUUCUUCUUCUCCGCAGAGAUAUAUAAAUGUUUAUGUUGGAGUGAUCUUCAAAGCAGCAGUCUUCAUUGAUUGCUUGCGAAGAUUCUUCAAUGGCUACAAAUGGCGGAACUGAAGAAGAACAGCAACAGUUCGAUCUGUUAAGCAAACCACUAAAAGACGGUGAGCGUCUAGUGGCCCCUACAAGGAGACCUGACGGUACUCUCCGAAAACCUAUUCGAAUUAGGGCAGGUUAUGUCCCACAAGAUGAAGUUGCGAUUUACCAGUCCAAAGGUGCUCUGUUGAGAAAGGGGUUGGACACGCCUGAGGUUCCUCCGGGUUAUGAUCCUGUCUUGGAUGCUAAGCCCAAGUCAAAGUCUGCUCGAAGGAAUGAAAAAAAAAAGGAGAAGAAGGAACAGGGGAAGGACUUGGAGUCAAAGACGACUGGGAAGGUGCCUUCUGCUGAAGAUGUGGGUCACAGAUCUGAAGCUGUUGAAGCAGUAGCACAUCAAAUGAACACGCUAGCUGUUUCAGAAACAACUCCUGUUGUUGCUCCUUCCCCAGACCCAACUGAAAGCUCAAGUACUGGGGGUCCUGGUCCAGAUCUUUCUAAGAGAAUUAGAGCACUCAAAAAGAAGGGUCUAGUGACAGGGGUAACGAUUGGCUCUGGUAGGGUGUGCGGUGGUUUAUCUCUGCUUAAUGAUGACUCGGCAUUGGUCUCUGAUCCGUCUCACAGAAGCUCAAUUGCAGAAGACUGAGCAAAAUGAUAUGAAGCCAGAGCAAUUAGAAAAAGCAGCGAAAUAUGAAGGCUGGCGUGAGGAGCUAAAACUUCUGGAGGACAAAAUGGCAGAGUUGGCAGCAGUGUGAGGUGAGGUUUGUGUCCGUGUGAAGAAAUUGUGCAGUGUUUAUUUCACGAUUGGUUCCAAUCCUUGAUCUUCAUGGUGGGAAAUGAUUCUCUCAAAUUUAGUUCUAACAAGGAGACUCUUUAGGAUCCGAUUCAACGGAAACAUUCAAUGCUUGUGCUUCAUUCUGUUUCUUAGUUUGAAGUGUUUAUGAAGUCUGCUUCUUUACUGUCCACGUUUCCUGUAUCCAUCCCAUUCCAUAUUAUGGAUGAUCGCCUUUUCAUGUUUUCAAAAGCCUUCUAAUGCAGUAUAUGUUAAAGCAC